GGCUGGGGAGCGCGGCCGGCCGAGCUCCAGGGAUUUAGCCGGCGCGGGGCUCUCUCCGAUGGGCUGGAGCCGGGGGAUAACGCGGGCGGAGCUGCGGGAGGCAUGCCCCAAACGCUGAGCUCUGCCAGUAUGUUUACUCCCUGUGGCUUCAGUCCUCAUCUACACUCAGCAAAAGAAGAUGAUCAAGGGGGACUGAUCUUCCAGGAUGGAAACCUUGCCUCAGCAUCUCUUGAUGCUUUAAUCCAACAUCUUAUACCUACAACUGAUUACUACCCUGAAAAGGCCUAUAUCUUUACAUUCCUGCUGAGUUCAAGACUCUUCAUUGAACCUCAUGAACUUUUGUCCCGAGUUUGUCACAAGUGCGUUGAGCAGCAGCGACUGGAUGACCCGGUGCUGGAUAAGGCGCGGAUCAGAAAAUUUGGGCCUAAACUCCUACAGUUGUUGACAGAAUGGACAGAAACGUUCCCCUAUGAUUUUCAGGAAGAGCGGAUGAUUGGCCAUUUGAAAGACAUGAUUGACAGGAUAGCCCCGUGUGACGAGGCCUACUGGAAAAGGAUGAAUCAGCUUUUGCAAGCCCUGAACCAGAAGCUUGCAACCCUGAGCCAUGGGCAGGAAGGAAUCGUCAAGAUCAAUGCUGCUGUCUCCGACAAGCUGGUCGCCUUUAAAAGUAAACCGCCGUCAAUUCAGAGAGAAAUCCUGACCGUCUGUAGUGACCCCUACACUCUGGCUCAGCAGCUAACACACGUGGAAUUGGAAAGGCUGAGUCACAUUGGGCCUGAAGAAUUUGUGCAGGCGUUUGUACACAAAGACUCUUUGGACAGCACCAAGUCUUGUUUCAAUGAGCAAAAAAAGACUAGUAACCUUGAGGCCUAUGUGAAGUGGUUCAAUAGACUCUGCUAUCUUGUGGCAACAGAAAUUUGCAUGCCUGCGAAAAAGAAACAGCGCGCACAAGUCAUAGAGUUCUUCAUUGAUGUUGCCCGAGAGUGCUUUAACAUAGGGAAUUUUAAUUCGCUGAUGGCAAUCAUAUCUGGAAUGAACAUGAGUCCCGUCUCCAGACUAAAGAAGACCUGGUCAAAAGUGAAAACAGCCAAAUUUUUUAUUCUCGAGCAUCAGAUGGACCCUACUGGUAAUUUUUAUAACUACAGAACUGCGUUGCGAGGGGCUGCCCACCGAUCCCUCACUGCACACAGCAACAGGGAGAAGAUUGUGAUCCCUUUCUUCAGCCUAUUGAUCAAAGACAUUUACUUUUUGAAUGAAGGAUGUGCUAAUCGCCUUCCGAAUGGGCACGUCAACUUUGAAAAAUUCCUGGAACUGGCUAAACAAGUAGGCGAGUUUAUAACAUGGAAGCAAGUGGAAUGCCCAUUUGAACAAGACCAUAACAUCAUCCACUACUUGCAUACAGCCCCCAUCUUUACUGAGGAUGGUUUGUAUCUGGCUUCCUAUGAAAGUGAAAGUCCGGAGAACCAAAUUGAAAAAGAGAGAUGGAAAUCCUUGAGGUCUACUAUUUUGGGAAAGACUUGAAGACUCAGAUUAUUGCAGUACGACAAGAAAAAAAAUCAGCAAAA